CCCAGGAAGGGAAGGGCAGACAUAUUCUCUGUCGAUGGCGUGGGCCGCGUGGCUUCGAGGCUUCCUGCCAGCCCUCCGUGGAUCCAGAAGAGAAGAGGGAAUAGAAGGGGAAGAAGCAGAUCAAAAAUGCAAGCUUGCGCUCUUUGCACCUCCAUGUUCAGGACGUCGAUGGUUACGAUGAAGAUUUCCGCCCCUCACGCUCUAAGUUUGUGCAGACGGGAUGCAAGAACAAUUCGGAUGAGGUCUCUUGUGUCUCAGUUUACACGUGGAGUAUCAAGAAGGGAAGUUGUCGGUGUUGCUGCUUUGAUUUUCUCUAACCCUGCUCUUUCAUUGCCGCUGCAAGAGGCAAAGGACUCUGAGAACAUCCGAAUCUCUAGGUACCGGAAGCUAGAGAGUGGUGUGAAAAUCCAAGAUAUCAUUGAAGGGGAAGGUCCAGAAGCACAUGAAGGAGAUCUUGUUGAAUUUAAUUAUGUUUGCCGAAGAUCGAACGGGUACUUUGUGCACAGCACAGUUGACCAAUUCAGUGGGGAGAGCAGUCCUGUGGUGCUUCCCCUCGAUGGUAAACAGAUUAUAGAGGGCCUUAAAGAUGUUAUAGUUGGCAUGAAAGCUGGAGGGAAACGUAGAGCUUUGAUUCCCCCAAAUGUUGGUUAUAUAAAUGAAAACCUAAAACCAAUACCUGAUGAGUUUGGUCCCCGGAGAAGUCUCUUGUCUCAUGCAAGCGAGCCAUUGGUUUUUGAGGUUCAGCUCUUGAAGGUGCUGUGAGAACCAAACUAUUAUUCAGACAACAGGUUGUGACCAGGGAAUUGCAUAAGGUAAUCUCAGAGAACCUGUAAGCUUAACUAAAUUGGUGUUUGUAGGUAUUAACAUUACAGUUCCUUUGACUGAUUUAUAUUUUGUUUAAUUCCACUGUAAUUUUCUGUAAUGAUUAAUAUCUCCUCCUGAAAGGUGUUUUUUAAAUUGUCAAUGAAAUUGUUGACUCUUAUCUUGUUGCAUACACUAAGUAAAUGAACUAGAAUAACGAUGAUAAUGUUAAAAAUUUAUAUUAUACAUUCUGAAGUUGUGAAUCACAAAGGUUUUCUAACACAAUGGAGGUAAAAGAAUAAUCUUUUGAUCAAAUUCAUUAAUUAGGUGGAAACCAAAUUAUAAUUAACAUAUCUUAAAAUAAUGGAUAAUAUGUCUAAAUUGCUUUGAUCUGGGCAUGACUUAGAGCUCCAUCAUUAGUUUGAUGAUUCAGAAAGGAUGAAUGAAAUAUCUCAGGAGGCUAAAUGAAAUGGUGUCUGAGAGGUGCCAUCACUGUUUUACUAACCUAACCCACCUUAGGUGAGUACUUUGUAGUAAAUGUUUGCAAGUACUCCUCUGAUGCCAAUACGAGCUACUUCAACAGUGAAAUCUUUUGGUUUGGUUUUGCUUCAACGCUAUGGAAACUAUUAUUCCUCAAAACCAAUGAGGGAGAUGUUUAGAGGAAUAAAAUGGUUCUCUUAGACUUUUGGCCUCUUUCGUCCAGACUUUCUUAGUUCAUCCUUUCUGUAAAACGACUUGGCUUCUGCCUUUUUCUCUUUUCUCUAAUUCUUCUUCCCACUUUGGCAAUGGCCUUGAGUCCCUCUGCCACCGCAUGUCAAUUAGCUUCAACUUAUGAUAGUCCAGCAAAUUAGCUCGUGUAGUAUGGAUUAAGUGAUUUUAAUCUGAAAAUUAAAAUUCAUUCAACACUCAACAAUAGGAACUCCCUCAGGAUGUAGGAGCGAGCAGUAUGUGGAGAAGAAAAGAAAAGCUCAGACCUAUGAUUGAAUCUCUAUGUUAAUCAUAUUUAUGUAUUUCAUGACUCUCAAAAUGGACCUCAUGUAAUAUUUAUUUUCCUUUUUGUUCCAAAAAUACUCAUUGAAAACUAACUAUUACAUGUUUGGAGAAUACAACAUUAGCAUUUUAAAGAUUGGUCUCUGAGUAUGUAUAAGUUGUGUCCCAGAUUUAUUCGAUAAGUGAAUCAGGAGGAAGAUCGUUUGCCUCUAGAAUUAGCUGGACAAACACCGAACACUCGGGUUAUAAAAAAAAAAUUACUGAGACUUC